GGCUCUGCUCGGGAGCUCCCCAGGGAAGCUCUGCUGGGCCUCGAGGGAGCAUCCCAAUAUCCCUGGAAAACCGCGCGGAGGCUGCCUAUGGCACUUGGAGAAUUCUCCAGGGGUUCAGUGCUGAGGGAAUUCUGUGGGAGCAUGGCUGGAGCAGGACAUGGAGUCUGGGCACAGAAUGCAGGCAGUGAUGUGGGCUGCUGCUCCCAGCCUGCCUGGUGGCUCUGUGCCGUGGGACUGUGACCCCGUGGUGCUCCUGCUGUUGCCGGGCUCUGGAGCAGGUGCCAGGAGCCAUGAGGAGGUUUGGCUACUGCCGGGUGGUGCUGGCUACCUCGCUGCUCUGGGUGCUGCUGGACGUGUUCCUGCUGCUCUACUUCAGCGAGUGCAACAAGUGUGAUGACAGCAAGGAGCGGUCCCUGCUGCCCGCCCUGCGCGCCGUUAUUUCCCGGAGCCAGGAGGGCCCGGGGGAGAUGGGCAGGGCCGUGCUCAUCCCCAAGGAGGAGCAGGAGAAGAUGAAGGAGCUGUUCAAGAUCAACCAGUUCAACCUGCUGGCCAGCGACCGCAUCGCGCUGAACCGCAGCCUGCCCGACGUGCGGCUGGACGGUUGUCACAAAGAGCUGAGAAAUUCCUGUGUGGUGAAAUGUGCUGUAAAUUCCAGAGUGUCCUUUAAAAGGUCUUUUUUUCUUUUUUUCUUUUCUCUUUUCUUUCUCCCUUUUAUUUUAUAUUUUUUUUUCUUUUAUUUUCUUUUCUGUUUUCCUGUGUUUUUUCCUGUUUGUUUCCCACCCAGGACCCCAACUAUGGCUGGUGGCCUGUUUUCUAUUGACAGGACCUACUUUGAAGAGAUAGGAACUUACGAUGCAGGAAUGGAUAUCUGGGGUGGCGAGAAUCUUGAAAUGUCCUUUAGGGUCUGGCAGUGCGGGGGCUCCCUGGAGAUCGUCACCUGCUCCCACGUGGGACACGUGUUCCGCAAGGCCACCCCCUACACCUUCCCGGGGGGCACCGGCCACGUCAUCAACAAGAACAACCGCAGGCUGGCCGAGGUCUGGAUGGACGAGUUCAAGGAUUUCUUCUACAUCAUCUCCCCGGGUGUGGUGAAGGUGGAUUGUGGAGAUGUGUCCGUCAGGAAGGCCCUGCGGGAGAGGCUGGGCUGCAAACCCUUCUCCUGGUACCUGGAGAACGUGUACCCCGACUCGCAGAUCCCGCGGCGCUACUACUCCCUGGGAGAGAUCAGGAAUGUUGAAACCAACCAGUGCUUGGACAACAUGGGCCGCAAGGAGAACGAAAAAGUGGGAUUUUUCAACUGCCAUGGCAUGGGAGGGAACCAGGUGUUCUCCUACACGGCGGACAAGGAGAUCCGCACGGAUGACCUGUGCCUGGACGUGUCGCGGCUCAACGGCCCCGUCCUCAUGCUCAAGUGCCACCACCUGAGGGGCAACCAGCUCUGGGAGUAUGAUGCUGAGAAGCUCACCCUGAGGCACCUGAACAGCAACCAGUGCCUGGCGGAGCCGUCGGACGAGGACCGGCUGGUGCCCACCGUGCGCGAGUGCGGCGGCGGCCGCGCCCAGCAGUGGCUGCUGCGCAACAUGACCCUGGCGGCCUGAUCCCGCUCCCAUCCCGCCCAUCCCGCUCCCAUCCCGCUCAUCCCGCUCCCAUCCCGCUCAUCCUGCUCCUCCUGCCGCCCCCGACCCCAGCAGAGUCACCGCGGGCUCCUCCUGCCCCCCGCCCUUGGACUGCCCGCGCCUCCCGGUGAUCCAGGAGCUGCCGGUACCCACGGCAGCGGGAUCCAGGUUCCAGCAGCUGACCGUGGAGAAGCUGGGAUAUGGAGGGGUUGCUGUCACUCCAGAGAUUCCAGAGACAUCAUCUCACCUUGGAGAAGCUGGGAUACAGAGGUGUCACUGUCACUCCAGAGAUUCCAGAGGCAUCAUCUCACCUUGGAGAAGCUGGGAUACAGAGGUGUCACUGUCACUCCAGAGAUUCCAGAGGCAGCAGCUGACCUUGGAGGAGUUGGGAUAUGGAGGUGUCACUGUCACUCCCAAGAUUCCAGAGGCAGCAGCUGACCGUGGAGAAGCUGGGGUAUGGAGGCAUUGCUGUUACUCCAGAGGCAUCAUCUGACCUUGGAGAAGUUGGGAUAUGGAGGGGUCGCUGUCACUCCCGAGAUUCCAGAGGCAUCAUCUGACCUUGGAGAAGCUGGGAUACAGAGGUGUCCCUGUCACUCCAGAGAUUCCAGAGGCAGCAGCUGACCUUGGAGGAGUUGGGAUAUGGAGGUGUCACUGUCACACGUCACCACAGAGAGGUGGCCCAGUCUAAAGGCCCUGUGGCACCAGCUGGCACUGGGAGCCAUCCUGGGAGGUGUGGCCCGAGCUGAUGGGAUGUGCUGGGCUCUCCUGGAGAAGAUCCUGGGCAGUCUUGGGUGGUCUCUCGUGCCCAGUGGGAUUUGACAGCCCCAAAGCUUCCUGGGUUGUGCUGGGAAAAAACCAGGAUCCGGUGUUGGGAAAACCAGGCCGAGGCUGCACUUCACCAGGAAUUCCAGCAGAGGAGGCCACAGGAGACACGGGAAUGCCGAGGGGAAGGAGUGGCACUCGAGGGACCUCGGGGUGGCACAGAGGGAGCUGUUCCCUCCUUCCAUGGGAAUGGACCUGGGGCUGGACCUGGGGCUCGGGGGAGGCCUGGAAGGACCAAAACUGAGACCUGGAGCUUGGGGGGUCUCCAUCCCUGCAUCCCAACACAUCCAUGGAUCCCUGCAUCCCAGCUCUGCCUCCAGGUGUUCCCUGGAAUCUCAGGGGCUCCUUCCUGGUUUCAGGAAUUUGGGGGCUCAGUCCUUGUGUGGGUGUGGCCGUUCCCAAAGCCCUGCUGGCCCUCAGGAGCUACUCCCCACUGGGAUGUGGGGACAGAGACACUGGAAUGUGCUGGGGACAUUCCUUUGGGAGCCACCCCAAGGGCAGCUGGGGCCCUCUGGGCUGGGAUUUUGGGAAUUCUCACUGCCCAGAGGGUUCAGGAGACUGAAAUCCCAGGGCAGCAGGACCCCAGCACGGGUAAGUGGGGAAAUAUUUCCCAGGAUUUCCCUCACAAUUCCCAACAAUCUCUGUAAAAGCACUGGGUCAUUAAAAAUGCUGGUAUUUUCUGUA